GAUGUUUUGAAUUAUGAUUUUAUAACAGCUGACAAUAAGCAAGAUAAAGAAAAGGCUAAAAAAUUGAUUGAUUGUUUAAAUUUAAACUUCCAAGACUAUGUAACAAUUUCUGAUAUUCAAUUUAGUUUAGAUGCAACAAUAUCAGCAAUUACAAUACAAUUUAUUGAAUAUAAUAAUACAUCUCCAACAUAUAGAAUACACUUAUUAAUAUAUAUGACAGAAAAUUUUAUAAUCUUAGAACAACUUCCAUCUUCAAUGUUUGAAUUUGCACUAGCAUUAAUUCAAAGUUUAAAAUCUCACUUUUCAGAUACCAAUUUAUAUAAUGCUAUGAAAAUUUUUGAACCAAGAUUAUUACCUUAUAAGGAAUGUGAUCUGUCAAAUUAUGGAAAUACUGAAAUUGAAAUACUAGCUGAAUUUUAUGGUAAUAAUAAGAAAACUAAUGAUAGAAAAAUAAUUUUAGCAGUAAUUGAUAAACAGGAAUUAAAACAAAAAUAG